CAAGAGGGACCGAAUUCUUUUGAGUACGACUUAAUAAAUUAUUUGUUUACAAUCGCAACGACAUGUGGGGUUGAGAAUAGAAUGGAAGAUGGAAAAAUUACGAAAGCGUUGCUGAAAACCAGAAGUGGAGAAUUUGAUAUUGAGAGUAUCCACACCUUGAAUUUAAGAGACUGUGGACUGAGUGACUUGGGAUGUAUCAGUGAAUGCACCCAGCUAGAGCGACUGAACCUCUCCAGAAAUGACCUGACCAAACUGAACAAGUUGGCUGGACUUGGUAACCUGAGCAGUUUAAACCUCUCAGGAAACCGCAUCACAAAUCCUGAGGGUCUUCAGGCACUGGAAAGUCUACAGUCUGUAAAUCUAGCUGGAAACUUGAUCGGCAGUGUAAAUAGCCUGAGGUGCCUGACUGCCCUAGAUAAGUUAGAGGACCUUCGCCUCCAUGACCCUGUGAGGGACCUCAGCAACCCACUCUGUCACAGCAACACCUACCGCAAAGAUGUCCUUGACAUGCUGCCUAACCUCAAGGUCCUUGACGGUGAAAGAAUUUUGGGACUUGGCAGUGAUGUGUUCUCUAUGUGUCGGGAAAUAGAAGAGUCUUUGGAGAGGAGACAAGAUGUCAACAGUCAGCAGUCAUCCAACCCCUCCCCCUGGGUUUCAAAUGAUUAUUUUGAGCCUACAACAAAAUUUGAAGAAUCUCGAUUGGGAGAUGCAAAAGAACAACUGGAAGCAUUGCUGUCCUCCUGCAAAAUGGCUGUUAAAAAAUCAGAGGAUGUAUUUGUGAAGCUGAAAAAAUCAACUAAAUAACUUAGAGCAUUGUUUCAUAAACUUCAUACACAAUUUAUAUUUCAAAUUUCUCAUAAACCAUUUUAUUGAAUAAAUUAUUUCAUGUUGAA